AUGAGGGAGAACCAAACUUGGGUCAGAGAAUUCAUUUUAUUGGGAUUCCAACUUCAGCCAGAGAAGCAGAUGAUACUGUUUGGACUAUUCUCUUUGUGUUAUGCCUUAACCCUGCUGGGAAAUGGGAUCAUUUUAGGACUCAUCUUACUCGACUCUAGACUGCAUACUCCCAUGUACUUCUUUCUCUCCCACUUGGCCAUCGUUGACAUAGCCUAUGCCUGCAACACAGUGCCCCAGAUGCUGGCGAACCUCCUGAACCUGGCCAAAUCCAUCACCUUUGCUGGCUGCAUGACACAGACGUUUCUUUUUCUGACUUUUUCUCACACUGAAUGUCUUCUCCUUGUGGUGAUGUCCUAUGAUCGGUAUGUUGCCAUCUGCCACCCCCUCCGCUAUUCUGUUAUUGUAAGUUGGAAGCUCUGCACCUCCCUGGUGGUGGCCUCAUGGAUAUGUGGUGCCCUCCUCUCCCUGGUCCAUAUGAUUCUCAUCCUGAGGCUGCCCUUCUGUGGACCUCAUGAAAUUAAUCACUUCUUCUGUGAGAUCCUGUCUGUCCUCAGAUUAGCCUGUGCUGAUACCACACUCAACAAAAUAGUCAUCUUUGCAGCAUGCAUCUUCAUUUUGGUGGGGCCCCUCAGCUUAGUGCUUGUGUCCUACACGCGCAUCCUAAUGGCCAUCCUCAGGAUCCACUCAGGAGAGGGUCGCAGAAAGGCCUUUUCCACCUGCUCUUCACACCUCUGUGUGGUUGGGCUCUUCUUUGGCAGUGCCAUUGUCAUGUACAUGGCCCCCAAAUCUCGCCACCCUGAGGAGCAGCAGAAAGUCCUUUCCUUAUUUUAUAGCCUCUUCAACCCAACACUGAAUGCUCUUAUCUACAGCCUGAGGAAUGCAGAGAUGAAGAGUGCCCUGAGGAGAGUGCUGUGGAAACAGAGAUUGGUGUGA